AUGCGCUGGGAGCCCUGCCGACAAAGACGCUCGUGCACCCAAGCACCCCCGUCACGACAAUCACUCGAAUGGCCUCUGCGGGUCCUUGUUGCCGCCAUGAACCGUGGACCUUGCAAGGCGGAAUCGUUGGAGAGCCUGAGCGUGGAUGUCUUCCAGUCGCAACACACCAUCCACGAGCUUGACAUGGCAGCGGAGUUUUGGACGGCAGCAUCGGAAGUGAAGGAUCUCACACUGAGGGGACAAUUUGGAUUUUGGGAACCCGUUCUUGCCUUCAGCCCCGGGCGCGGCUUGCGGUCAAUCAGGUUAAGCGAUUGUGCAGUCUGGCACCACAACCUGAAGUCUUUCGCCAAGCGUGCCAUCGACGGGGUGAUUUCUAUUCGGCUCGAGAAAGUUUUCAUUCGUCCAUACAGGGAACUCGGGUACGUGACGCACAUGGGAUCACCGAUUGAGAUGGUAAACUGGCUGGAUCACGUCGUAUCAUCGAGAACUAAUCAGGCAAAUAUUGACCAUCCGGUUUGGUGGCCACCGGGCACCCAGAUAAAUAUGGGUCAGGUAAACAUAGAAACAUGA